AUGGAGGCAGACGGGGAUCCCGAGGAGCUGAGCCGGCUGCGCGCAGUCUUCUCCGCCUGUGAUGCGAACCGCUCAGGGCGUCUAGAGCGCGAGGAGUUUAGCGCGCUGUGCUCGGAGCUGCGUGUGCGGCCGGCGGAGGCCGAGGCUGUGUUCCAGCGGCUGGAUGCCGACCGCGACGGCGCCAUCACCUUCCAGGAGUUCGCGCGCGGCUUCCGCGGGGCCCGCCGCGGAGGGUGGCGCCGGGGCUGGGGGCCUCGGGAGCUAGGGCCGGCUGCUGCGGAGGUCGGGUCCCGCCUGGGGGACAGCGAGGAGGACGCGGACGACGAGGACGCAGCGGCCACUCUGCCCGCUCCGUGGGACCCGGCGAUCCCAGGACGGGCUUGGCAGGACUUCCAGGCGCGACUCGGGGACGAAGCCAAGUUUAUCCCCAGAAAAGAACAAGUUAGUACUCUAUAUGUAAACAUCAACCUUGUGGAGCCAAGACUAAUUCAGCCUUACGAGCAUAUUAUAAAGAACUUCAUCCGGGAGAUCAGACUGCAGAGCACAGAACUGGAGAACUUGGCCAUUGCAGCGAAGAGAGUCCAGGACAAGGCAGCCAUGCAGUUGAGUGAGAUGGAAGAGGAGAUGGACCAGCGGAUUCAAGCUGCAGAGCACAAGACACGGAAAGAUGAAAAGCGCAAAGCUGAAGAAGCACUUAGUGACCUCCGACGUCAGUAUGAAACAGAAGUAGGAGAUCUGCAGGUGACGAUAAAAAAACUCAAAAAGCUAGAAGAACAAUCAAAACACAUAAGUCAGAAAGAAGACGUGACUGCAUUAAAAAAACAAAUUUUUGAUUUAUCAAUGGAAAAUCAGAAAGUUAAGAAAGAACUUUUGGAAGCACAGACAAGCAUAGCCUUUCUUCAGAGUGAAUUAGAUGCUUUGAAAAGUGAUUAUGCUGAUCAGAGUCUGAAUUCUGAAAGGGAUAUGGAAAUAAUCCGAGAGUACACCGAAGAUAGAAGUAAUCUUGAGAGGCAAAUUGAAAUCCUCCAAACAGCUAACCGGAAACUGCAUGACAGUAAUGAUGGCCUGAGAAAUGCCUUAGAAAACAGUUAUAGCAAGAUCAAUAGAUCUUUGCGCAUAAAUAAUACCUCUCCAGGGAAUACAAUUUCUAGAAGCAGUCCCAAAUUUAAUGGCCAUUCUGCUCAACCUCUGCAAUAUGACAGGUCGUCCCGCUCCUCCUUCGUGGAUGAGGACUGUGACUCUCUGGCCCUCUGUGACCCUAUGCAGAGGCUGAAUUGUGAAGUGGACAGCCUGCCCGAGAGCUGCUUCGACAGUGGCUUAUCUACGCUCAGAGAUUCCAACGAGUAUGACUCUGAAGUGGAGUACAAGCAGCAGAGGGGCUUUCGGAGGUCACAGUGUGUGCAGGAGAACUAUGGAGGGGAUGCUUCAGAUACAGACGUUCCCGAGAUAAGGGAUGAAGAGGCGUAUGCUUCUGUCCUAGACUGGAAGCCCCAGGGGUCUGUGAGUGAAGGCAGUGUGUGUUCUUUAAGAAAGCCCAUUUCUGCACUUUCACCACAGACAGAUGUGGCAGAUGACAACCAUAAAGCUAACUCACAGAAGGCUUACAAGAUUGUGCUUGCGGGGGACGCUGCAGUGGGGAAAUCUAGUUUCCUCAUGAGACUUUGCAAGAAUGAAUUUCGAGGAAAUACAAGUGCCACCCUGGGAGUUGAUUUCCAUAUGAAAACUCUCAUUGUAGAUGGAGAGCAGACCAUUCUGCAGCUCUGGGACACAGCUGGUCAGGAGAGAUUCAGAAGUAUUGCCAAGUCUUACUUCAGAAGGGCAGAUGGUGUUUUACUGCUAUACGAUGUUACCUGUGAGAAAAGCUUUCUCAACGUGCGAGAAUGGGUGGACAUGAUUGAGGAUGCAACCCACGAGAGUAUUCCUAUCAUGUUGGUAGGAAACAAGGCUGAUCUUCGUGACGAUGCUACCGCAGAGGGCCAGAAAUGUGUUACAGGAUACUUUGGAGAAAAGCUGGCCAUGAACUACAAAGCAUUAUUCUGUGAAACAAGUGCCAAAGAUGGUUCAAAUAUAGUGGAAGCUGUUCUGCACCUUGCUCGGGAAGUGAAAAAAAGAACUGAUGAAGAUGACAACAAAUCCAUUACCAACUUGGGUGGGACUAAUUCCAAGAAGUCAGCCCAGAUGAAGAAUUGUUGUAAUGGUUAA